GAUUCGCAGCAUCACACUGGGUGCGUGAAUACAGCGUUCGUCGGUAUGGCUUCACGGGUACCGCUGGUCAACAGCCCGCAAAUCAAGUCGGCCACUCUUCACAACCCACGGCCACUGUUCCUGCAUACGUACAUCUGGCCCUUUGCGAUUGUCUGGCCAAUCUUCUUCAGUGUGUAUCUCUCGCCCGAGCUGUACACCAAAUACAUCAACGGUCAAGAAUGGACGACGGUCUUCUCUGGGAUGAUCAUCACCGCGCAAAGUCUAGUGUGGCUGAUGACAUUCUGGGAUGUAAACCUGAAGGCAUGGUUCACGGCAUCAAAAGCGAGCAGUGUGCGCAGUGCAGGUUUGAUCAAGGUGCUGCCGGAGACAAACGCCGGGUCACCUGAGAUAUGCAAGAUCAAGAAGGACAACGUUGGAGGGAAAGAAAACAUCAGCUUUUUAUUUCAGAAGAGGCGGUUUCUGUAUGAUGCCGACACGGACAGUUUUGCGCCGUUGUCAUUCGCGAUGGAUGAGGAACCGAAGCCGAUGAUCAAGGUCUUCCAGCAGUCGAAAGGUCUGCAGAAAAGGUCUGAGAUCGAACGAAUACAGGAGCAUUACGGGUCCAACAUCUUCGACAUUCCGGUACCUACCUUUGGCGAACUCUUCGCGGAGCAUGCGGUAGCACCAUUCUUCGUGUUCCAGAUCUUCUGUGUUGGGCUCUGGAUGCUGGACGAGUACUGGUACUAUUCGCUGUUCACGCUCUUCAUGCUCAUUGUCUUCGAAUCGACAGUGGUGUGGCAAAGACAGCGCACUCUGAAAGAGUUCCGCGGAAUGAGCAUCAAGCCAUACGACGUCUACGUGUAUCGCGAGAACCAAUGGACGGAGACCAAGAGCGAUGCUUUGUUGCCAGGCGAUCUUGUGUCAGUGGGCCGGACGAGCGACGACAGUGGGGUCGCCUGUGACAUGGUCCUCGUCGAAGGCAGCGCGAUUGUGAACGAGGCCAUGCUAUCAGGCGAGAGCACGCCUGUGCUCAAAGACUCCAUCCAGCUCCGACCCGCAGAUGCACGCAUCGAGCCAGAAGGCCUGGACAAGAACGCCUUCCUUUGGGGUGGCACCAAGGUACUCCAGGUACAGCACGGUACAGCGUCCGAAGACGCGCAGGACACCAUCCCACAGAUCGCAUCUGGCGUGUCACCUGCGCCUGACAAAGGUGCAUUAGCUGUCGUUAUCAAGACUGGCUUCGAAACCAACCAAGGCGCACUUGUCCGAACUAUGAUCUACUCGACGGAGCGAGUGAGUGCAAACAACGUUGAGGCGCUCUUGUUCAUCCUCUUUCUAUGCGUUUUCGCCAUCGCGGCGUCAUGGUACGUUUGGAAUGAAGGUGUCAAGCAAGAUCGGAAACGUUCGAAGCUACUUCUAGACUGCGUGCUCAUUAUUACUUCUGUCGUGCCUCCGGAGCUGCCAAUGGAAUUGAACCUGGCUGUCAACACGAGUUUGGCCGCAUUAAGCAAGUUUGCAAUUUUCUGCACUGAACCCUUCCGGAUACCGUACGCUGGUCGGGUGGAUAUCGCUUGCUUCGAUAAAACUGGUACUCUUACAGGCGAGGACUUGGUGGUUGACGGCAUUGCUGGACUACGUCUUGGAGACAAGGAGGCGGAGUCUGAACCCGAUGGCGCGCAAACUGAGCUCACUAAGGUUAAUGAGACUGGUCUAGAAACAGCGUUGACGCUCGCGACCGCCCACGCCCUUGUCAGGCUUGAAGAAGGUGAUGUCGUGGGUGAGCCUAUGGAGAAGGCCACACUCGAGUCCCUUGGCUGGUCGCUUGGCAAGAACGACACCCUCUCCGCCAAGCCCAGCGCGGGUAAGGCCCAAGGAUCAGAAAUUGUUCAAAUCAAGCGCCGCUUCCAAUUCUCUUCGGCCCUUAAGCGUCAAAGCUCUGUGGCUACGGCUAUCGUUACGGACCGCUUGACUGGCAAGAAGGUGGUUAAUACGUUUGUGGGAGCUAAGGGUGCACCAGAGACAAUACGGAAAUACCUUGUCGACGUACCUCCGAAAUACGAGGAGACCUACAAGUACUUCAGUAGAAAUGGUGCUAGAGUGCUUGCUCUUGCGUACAAAUUCAUGAAGCAAGGCGAUGAGCUCAAGCAGGGUCGCAUUAACGACCUCAAGCGGGAAGAGGUAGAGUGCGAUCUGCACUUCGCUGGUUUCCUCGUCUUGCAGUGUCCCCUCAAGGAUGACGCUAUCAAGGCUGUCCAGAUGCUCAAUGAGAGCAGUCACCGCGUGGUCAUGAUUACGGGCGACAACCCACUUACGGCGGUCCAUGUCGCCAAGCAGGUUGAGAUCGUUGACCGAGACGUGCUAAUACUGGACGCUCCUGAGCACGAUGAGAGCGGCCAAAAUCUGGUGUGGCGCAGUGUGGAUGACAAGGUCAACAUUCGCGUGGAUCCUGCGGCAGACCUUGACGCGGAUAUACUCAAGACGAAGGACAUCUGCGUCACGGGCUACGGCUUAGCGAAGUUCAAGGGUCAAAAAGCGCUGCCAACUCUGCUGCGGCAUGCUUGGGUAUAUGCGCGUGUCUCCCCGAAGCAGAAGGAGGAGAUCUUGCUUGGCUUGAAGGAGCAGGGCUACACCACGCUUAUGGCCGGUGACGGCACAAAUGAUGUCGGUGCGCUUAAACAAGCACACGUUGGUGUCGCUCUGCUCAACGGCACUAAAGGAGAUAUGGAGAAGAUCGCCAAACACUUCCGGGAAACAAAGAUGAAAGAACUCUAUGAGAAGCAAUGCCAGAUGAUGGAGCGCUUUAAGCAACCUCAUCCGCCCGUGCCCAUUCAGGUGGCGCAUCUGUACCCGCCUGGGCCAACCAAUCCACAUUAUGAGAAGGCCAUGGAGCGGGAGAACAAAGCGAAAGAGGAGCUGGAAGGGAAGAAGGAAGGCGCGCAAAUAAAUGGCAGUGCCAAUGGCUCAAUCGAGAAGUACACGCCGCCUCCAGCAGUACAGCAGAGCAAUGGGCCCAAAGCGCCGCAGGAGCAACGCCAAGCGAAAACGGAGAACGCCGUCAGUGCCAUGGCGCAGAAGAUGUCUCUAUCUAUGAUGGAAGAGGAGAUGAACGCGGAUGAACCACCGACGAUCAAGCUCGGUGAUGCUUCCGUUGCUGCGCCCUUUACGAGCAAACUCGCCAACGUAAUCGCCAUCCCCAACAUCAUCCGACAGGGACGUUGCACGCUCGUCGCCACGAUACAGAUGUACAAGAUCCUGGCGCUCAACUGCCUGAUCAGCGCUUACAGUCUGAGUGUGCUGUAUUUGGAUGGCAUCAAGUUCGGAGAUGGGCAAGUAACUAUCAGCGGCAUGCUCAUGAGUGUGUGCUUCUUGAGCAUCUCCCGUGCAAAGUCCGUCGAAGAACUUUCCAAAGAGCGCCCACAAAACAACAUCUGGAACUGGUAUAUCAUUCCUUCCGUCCUUGGUCAAUUCGCCGUGCACAUUGCCACCCUCAUCUACAUCACUGACGUAGUCCACCGCUUCGAGCCCAAGAAAGACCGUAGCCUGAUCAACCUCGAAGGUGACUUCGAGCCGUCUCUUCUCAACAGCGCCAUCUACCUUCUUCAGCUCAUCCAGCAGAUCUCCACCUUCGCCAUCAACUACCAGGGCCGGCCAUUCCGGGAGAGCAUUCGCGAGAACAGGGGCAUGUACUGGGGUAUUGUGUUGGUCACGGCAGUAGCAUUCAGCUGCGCGACCGAGUUCAUUCCAGAAAUCAAUGAAAAGUUGAAGCUGGUGCCCUUCAACACGGAGUUCAAGAUCACGAUGACGGCGACUAUGGUACUGGAUUAUGUGGGCUGUUGGAUCGUGGAGAAGGUGUUGAAGACGUUGUUCAGCGAUUACCGGCCGAAGGACAUUGCGGUCAGAAGGCCAGAUCAGCUGGAGCGUGAAAGGCGCCGGAAAGUCAGCGAGCAGGCGAAGUUGCAGAUUGAGAAGGAGCUGGCCGCUGGGAAGGCGUAGAAGUGUGUGUACAUAGUGUAAGCCACUGGCAUGAUCAGAACACGCCCACCAAUCGUUUCAAG